GCUCACUCAUGUUCGCUACCCGGAUGUUUUGAUACCAACAUGCAUGGCUACCUCGACUGUCACUGUCACAUCUCCGCGGGAGAUUUUGACAAGGACAUAGACGCUGUUAUUGAAGACUCCAAACGGGCCGGGCUCUUGGCGUUGUUGGCCGUGGCCGAGCAUGCUGGGGAAUUUGAGAAGAUAAUUGCGUUGUCACAGAGAUUUCCAGGGUUUGUUUUCCCUUGCCUUGGAGUCCACCCUGUUCAAGAAGUGUCCUCUGUUGAACACAGAAGUGCUUCUCUACCGGAUCUGGAUGCUGCUCUUCCCAUAAUUGACAAAUACAAAGAACACCUUGUGGCCAUUGGAGAGGUCGGUUUGGAUUUUACGCCCAGGUACGUGAGCAGCGAGUCGGACAAAGAAAGCCAGAGGCAGGUUUUGAUCCGCCAGGCGCAUCUAGCUAAAGAGCUCGACCUCCCGCUAAAUGUCCACUCACGAUCUGCAGGGAGACCCACUAUCCAGCUCCUGAAAGAACAAGGUGUGGAAAAAGCUCUCCUACACGCAUUUGAUGGGAGGCCCUCAGUGGCUUUGGAAGGGGUGAAAGCAGGAUACUUCUUCUCCAUCCCGCCGUCCAUCGUGCGUAGCGAACAGAAGCAGAAACUUGUGAAACAGUUGCCUCUGGAAAACAUGUGUUUGGAAACAGACUCACCUGCGCUGGGCCCUGAGAUGCAGGUGAGGAACGAGCCUAAGAACAUUGUCAUUUCGGCCGAGUACAUCAGCAUGGUGAAAGGAGUGUCUGUGGAGGAGGUGAUGCAGACAACCACGCGCAACGCACUGCGACUUUUUCCCAAGUUGAAGUUGACCGUCAAAUUGUAACGUUGGGGGAUUAAGUCAUUUAAUCGAUUAAACAGACUCGUGGCUCAGUUUCUAAAUUUUUUUUUUUUUUUAAUUUUUGAACUACUUAAAUUUGUUUUCAAGUUUAUGUCACAGAUUGAAAAAGCACAGUAGUAUUUGUGGUUUCAUUUGUGUAAAAGAGUACCACAUUUUUUUAUAGUUGUGUAACCUACAGAUCGCUGCCAUCACCUCGUAUUUCAAACGGAUUGGACGUCUAUCGCCGGCAGCAAAUGUUAAUUUAUGGAAUAAUAUUAAAGGUCUUGAACAGUAGGAAUGUUGUUGAUCUGUUUUCUUAGUUUCAGUGUUGUGAAUGGUAAUAUGACAACGUUACUAAGUGGUUAAUGUAGAAGUUGUUGUUG